AUGGACCGCCACGAGUAUGAAGAAGUCAUUGCCAACCAGCCGGUCGUCAUCGACAACGGUUCCGGGGUGAUCAAGGCUGGAUUUGCCGGGGAUGACUCUGUCAAGCUGCUCCAUCCUUCCUUCGUUGGCAGGCCAAAGCAUCAGCGAGUGAUGGCUGGCGCUGCUGAAGGUGACAACGGAGACAUUUUCGUCGGCGAGCGAGCCGAGAAAUUCCGUGGCAUUCUGUCUCUGAAAUAUCCCAUGGAGCAUGGCAUCGUGCAGCAUUGGGAUGACAUGGAACUGAUUUGGCGCCAUGUCUACUCUGAGAUGAAAGUCAAUGCAGAAGAGCACCCCGUGCUCCUGACCGAGGCUCCGCUCAAUCCGCGGAAGAACCGUGAGAAAGCAGCAGAGAUUUUUUUUGAGACCUUCGGCUGUCCGGCGCUCUUCGUCUCUGCGCAGGCCAUCCUUUCCCUGUAUGCAAGCGGGAGGACAACCGGCGUGGUCUUGGACUCGGGCGAUGGUGUGACGCACGCGGUCCCUGUUUACGAGGGCUUUGCCCUGCCCCAUGCAGUGAUGAGAUCUGACGUCGCUGGCCGCGACGUCACUGAUCACCUGCUGCUCCAGCUGCGACGCACAGGGCAUGUCUUUCACACAUCAGCUGAAAGGGAAGUGGUCCGUCAGAUCAAAGAAAAGGAGUGCUACGUGGCGCUGAAUCCACAGAAGGAGGAGCAAGGCGAGCACGACAAGGCCUCGAUGCAGCAUCAGUACAAGCUGCCGGAUGGCUCCGUGAUCAACCUCGGUGCAGAGAGGUUCCGAGCACCAGAGAUUCUGUUUCAUCCCGACUUGAUUGGCUUGGAAUACCCAGGCAUUCAUGAAUUGCUGGCCACCUCCAUCAACAGAGCGGACCUCGACUUGCGAAUGACGCUAUUUUCGCAGAUCGUCCUCUCGGGGGGGUCGACCAUGUUCGAGAAGUUUGGUGACAGGCUUCUGAGUGAGGUGAAGAAGCUGGCGCCGAAGGACAUCAAGAUAAGAAUCAUUGCGCCGCCUGAGCGAAAGCUCUCAACAUGGAUAGGUGGCUCAAUCCUGGCAUCCUUAGCAACAUUCAAGAAGAUGUGGGUUACCAAAGAAGAGUUCGAAGAAGAUGGCUACUCCAUUCUGCAUAAGAAAGCUUUCUGA